AUGACUCUCAUCACGGCCCUCACCGCCGGCCUGGCUCUGGCUUCCACUGCCGCUGCCCUCCCCGCGGCCAACGCCAACGAGAAGCGCUUCAGCGUUGACCAGAUCCGCAACCCUCGCUACGUCCGCAAUGGUCCCCUCGCCCUGGCCAAGGCCUACCGCAAGUACGGUGCUCCUCUCCCCGAGGACCUCGCCCAAGUUGUCGCCAACAUCACCGCCAACAACGGCGCCGCCAAGCGCGCCACCGGCAGCGUCGCUGCUAACCCCCAGGACAACGAUGUCGAGUACCUGAGCCCCGUCCAGAUCGGCACCCCGGCCCAGACGCUCGUCCUCGACUUCGACACCGGUUCCUCCGACCUUUGGGUCUUCUCCACCUCCACCCCCUCAAGCCAGCGCAACGGCCAGACCGUCUACGACCCCAGCAAGAGCAGCACCGCCUCCCGUCUCACCGGCGCCACUUGGUCCAUCUCCUACGGCGACGGCUCCAGCUCCAGCGGUGUCGUCUACAAGGACACCGUCUCCGUCGGCGGCCUGUCCGUCACCGGCCAAGCCGUCGAGGCCGCCUCCAAGGUCUCCACCUCUUUCAGCGAGGAGAGCGACCUGGACGGGCUCCUCGGUCUCGGCUUCAGCUCCAUCAACACCGUCUCCCCCACGCAGCAGAAGACCUUUUUCGAGACUGCCAAGUCCAAGCUCGACGCCUACCUCUUCACUGCUGACCUGAAGCACGGCACUCCCGGCAAGUACAACUUUGGCUACAUCGACUCCUCGGCCUACACGGGCGCCAUCACCUACGUCCCCAUCGACAACUCGGACGGCUGGUGGCAGUUCACCUCGUCCGGCUACCAGGUCGGCUCGGCCACCUUCACGACCACCUCGCUCAACGGCAUCGCCGACACCGGCACCACCCUCCUCCUGCUCCCGCAGUCCGUCGUCACGGCCUACUACAAGCAGAUCACCGGCGCCAAGUACGACUCCUCCCAGGGAGGCUACACGUUCCCCUGCUCCGCCGCCGUCCCGGCCUUCACCUUUGGCGUCGGCAGCGCCCGCAUCACCGUCCCGGCCAGCUACCUCAACUACGCCCCCGUCAGCACGAGCACUUGCUUCGGCGGCCUGCAGAGCAGCUCCGGCAUCGGCAUCAACAUCUUUGGCGACGUCGCUCUCAAGGCUGCCUUUGUCGUCUUUGACGCCGCUUCUAACCGUCUUGGUUGGGCCAAGAAGACUCUCAACUAA